GUCUCCACUCUAGUCUUAGUAGCCUGUCUGCAGUGAGGGAGGAAGGCUUAUUUUUAUAAAAAAUAAUUUGGGUUGAGUACCGUGGGUUCAAUGCUUUUUAAAAAAGACACCGGAACAUAAGCAAAAAAGACAAAAAAACGACGCCGAGUCGGCAUGGAGGUUUCAGCCGAGCAGAGCCGUCCUGCGAGGAAGCAAGCGGUGAAGAGACACCACCACAAACACAACCUGAAACACAGGUACGAGUUCCUGGAGACUCUGGGCAAAGGCACCUACGGCCGGGUGAAGAAAGCCAAAGAAAGAUCAGGGAGACUGGUUGCUGUCAAGUCGAUCCGGAAGGAAAAGAUUAAGGAUGAGCAAGACCUGGUGCACAUACGGAGAGAAAUUGAGAUCAUGUCCUCGCUGUGUCAUCCACACAUCAUCACCAUAUAUGAAGUAUUUGAGAACAAGGAUAAAAUUGUAAUCGUGAUGGAGUAUGCCAGUCGAGGGGAUCUGUAUGACUACAUUUGCGACAGGAAGAACAUCUCUGAGCGGGAGGCUAGACAUUUCUUCAGGCAAAUUGUUUCCGCCGUGCAUUACUGCCAUCAGAAUGGAAUCGUGCACAGGGACCUAAAACUGGAGAAUAUUUUACUGGAUGACAACGGGAAUGUGAAGAUUGCAGACUUUGGAUUGUCAAACCUCUACCACGGGGAUGAGCUUCUUCAGACCUUUUGCGGCAGCCCUUUGUAUGCUUCUCCAGAGAUCGUCAAUGGAAGGCCGUACCAUGGGCCUGAGGUGGACACCUGGUCUCUGGGUGUGCUGUUGUACACAUUAGUUCAUAGCACGAUGCCAUUCGAUGGACACAACCACAAGACUCUGGUCCAGCAGAUCAGCACUGGAAACUAUCGGAAACCCAACAAGCCCUCUGAUGCCUGUGGGCUUAUCCGCUGGAUGCUGAUGGUAAAUCCGGAGCGCAGAGCUACAAUAGAAGAGAUUGCCGGACACUGGUGGCUCAACUGGGGUUACCAGCAGCCUUUACUGCCGGAGAGAAAGAGCAGCCUUGUAGAUCAGAGCCCUUCGCCAUCAUCAUCGCAUCCCACGGGGCUUGCCAGUGUUGCUAUCUGGCUGCGCCGUACAUCCAGGCCUCUACUGGAGAAUGGCUCCAAGAUGCGCUGCCUGCUCCGCUCGCAGGCUGGAGGAGACGUAGUCCGAACACGCUCUCUGCGAAGGUCGCGUAAGGAGAACAAUGUCUCCCAGACGGUUCACGAAGGAAGCACGGACUCUCGUCCCACGAAGGGUAUCCUAAAGAGACGCAACAGUGUGAAACAGAAGGCUGUGAGCGAGAGCCCUGCUUUAACUUCUGUGGAUCCACAGGGCUUUUUGGGCCUGUCUGCUCCAGCUAACAUCACUUCUGCUGCUUUGCCUCGCAAAGGCAUCUUAAAGAAGUCUGUGGAGCAAGAGUCUGGGUAUUUCUCCUCUUCUCCUGAAAACAGUGAUUCAGGCUGGGUACCACAAACUAAAGAGUGCCCAUCAGCACCUCCCUAUAGGAAGGGCAUCCUAAAACGCAAUGGAAAGUUCUCUUCAGGAGGACUACAGGAGUUCGGCUCUCUGGACCAACUGGCAGCUUCUUUACCUCGAGGAGGCACAAGGUCGAGGCCAAGUGGGGCCAUCAGUGAAGACAGUAUCCUGUCCUCAGAGUCCUUCGAUCAGCUGGACCUACCAGACCAUGGCAGACCUUCACUGCAGAUGGAUAAACCUGCCAAGACUAUCAUGAGAGGCUGUGUCUCUGCAGACAACCUGCUGGACAUCACUGAAGAUGGGCUUUUGGCUGACCGCAUGCUGAGGCCAUGGGGCUGCUACGAGUCUGGAGUAGCCGACAGUGCCUUUUCUAUCACUGACUGCGAUAAUGUUACAGAGACUUACAAACAGGCCAAGGUUACACGAGGACCUGCUGCAAGCUGAAGACCAGUAAAUGACACAAAAUAAAGACUCGUAUUCCUAUUCAAAAGAACCCAUGACAGCCAAAGCACUUUACGUGGAAAUAUCAGCACACUGUCAUUAAUGCAAAGUUUAGGAAUUACAAAGUACCAAAAAGGAGGCAAAUUGUUAAACAAGAAGAUUGUAUUUUGUAUAAUUAUUAAAUGGCACUAAAUUAGGGAAAUUAGAUUUUU